AUGAAAUCUUUACGAGAAGAAGAGCAAAGAAGGGGAUGCAAAGAACAGCGCGAUCCUAUACUUCAUGCAGGGGCAAAGAAAAAGGAGGACGCUGCAGACACAGUGAUUACAUAUACAAACAAGGACGGCGAGCGUGUCUUACGAAUCGUCAAUCUUAUACAAACAAUGGAGCGUACACCUGAAAAAGUUGAAACUGUGAUUUCUGUGCGAACUCUUUCCUCCGUGGAUAGAAAUGUAAACAUUGGCGUGCUUGAAAACCUGUGCAUUUUUUGCGACUCUCCUGUUGAUACGGAGGCAUCAUCUCUUCUGUGCACACAGUGUUUGCAGGCAGAGCCGCAGAAACCUGUAGAUACCUCUUCAUACUAUAGCUUUUUUUGAGUGCACAUGCGGCCCCAGUUAUAUUUUGGGGCUUAAUCUGCACCCAGUGAAUAGAGUGUAUAUAUGCAGUGCUGCCUUAAAUGUUAUGAUACAUUGGUUGAUUAAUCCAAAAUUUAAUUUCUGUUUGCCUAGUUUUAGUAGUAUCACACUGCAUUCUGUUUUUAGGCUGCACUGCUGCAUAGUUUGGUAAAUAAUCAGUUAAAUAAAC